UCGAUGGCGACAUUUACACAUGUGGAUGUGUUCAUGAAACGUGAGCCUGGGACUCUAUUUGCUUAUUCCGCUCACUAUCGGAAGACUGUGCACUUGCAGGGCAACCAUGACAGCCAGGCGAGCUUAAAGACGAAUUGCAGACUCAGCAGCGCCACUGUGCAAGAUGAACUCUGAGGACAAGUUGGACGGCAUGCUGUUCAAGUGCAGCAGUGCAGGGAUGGACGUCGGCGGGCGUGCGGGCCUGGGCGCCGCGGGCGGACUGGUGGUGAUGACGCUCGGGGAGCGCUCGCUGGCGGACCACCCGCUGUUGGCGGAAGACGAGGACGAGGAGGAGGACUUGACCGUAAGCUCUCUGGUGACUCACGACCUGGUACCUCCCGAGCAGCUGAUGAUGCAGGAGAUGUCCAAGACCGGCGGCGGGGGCGAGGAGGAGGGAGCAGGCGAGGUGGGCGUGCACUUCCCCCUCAAGCUCACCCAUAAGUUGCCCUGCUUGCCUCUCAACAUCAAGCAAGAAUUAAAACUGACUGAGUCACCGGUGCAUAAAGAAGACAAGAAAGCAGUCAAGGAUCUGAUCAUUUGUCCCAAGAAGAAGAAGAGGAAACAACACUCACCAGCUAAGAUCCUCAGCGUCAAUGACGACGGUUCCUUUGGCAUUCAGAACCCCAAGUGCCACGUGUGCGUUCACUGUAACGCGGCCUUCAGAACCAACUACCAUCUCCAGAGGCACGUUUUCAUUCACACUGGCGAGAAACCCUUCCAGUGCAGCCAGUGUGACAUGCGCUUCAUUCAGAAGUACCUUCUCCAGAGGCACGAGAAAAUCCACACCGGCGAGAAGCCUUUCCGCUGCGACGAGUGUGGUAUGAAGUUCAUCCAGAAGUAUCACAUGGAGAGACACAAGAGGACACACAGUGGAGAGAAACCCUACCAAUGCGACUACUGUCACCAGUACUUCUCCAGAACGGACCGUGUGUUAAAGCACAGAAGAAUGUGCCAUGAGAACCGGGACAGAAAGACCAACAAGGCUGGCAAUAAAAGUGUAGCGCUGCACGAAGCCGACUCGUUAAGCCCCUUCUUCACCAAAGAGUGCGUACUGCCCAAGAAGAAGCGGCAAAAGUGUGCAGACAAGUCCGACAGUUCAGGCUCCUCCACGGCCGCCCAGGCGGAAGGUCUCACCAUGAAAGAAACCGAAAUGAAAGAGGAACACAGAAAAACUAAAUGCGAAGUUCUGCCUCUAUUCGCGGUGUCCUCCAAAGUUAAACACGAGUACGUGAUUGGAGAGUACUCUGUGGAGCUUCCAGAAGAAAGUACCAGCCAACACCAAGAGGGAGACUUGUCACCGGAGGAGGCAGCAACCCCUAAACUGGUCCUGAAGAAGAUAUCUAAGAGGAGCCUGAAGCAAUCCGGCGAACAAGCUCCUUGCCUGGCCACGCUGUCCUCCUUCGAGGACAACAAAGUCACACAUUAUACGUUUGAAAUUGUUGACAAGCAAGGCCUUUUAGACGAAGUCGGCAACACGGAAUCGGUGGAAACUCCGGUGAAACCGGCUACCAGCAGCACAAACUACGACGACGCCAUGCAAUUUCUCAAGAAGAAACGAUACCUUCAAGCGGCGACGGCCAACAGCAGUCGGGAUUACAGUCUGAACACGAGUACUAUCGCUUCUCAGCCGACCGUUACUCACACGGUGGUGUCGGCAGUCAUUGACGAAACAGUCCCUGCUACCAUUCUCGGACCUCAGCUGAUUAACGCCGAGAUAAAAGCGACGCAUGACAGAAACGUGUUGCCUGACGAGGUUCUUCAGACUCUGUUGGACCACUACUCCAACAAAGCUAACGGCCAUUCAGACAUAUCCUUUAGCGUGGCAGAUGCGGAAGUUACCUCAAGCAUAUCUAUUAAUUCCUCGGAUGUUUCGGACAGCAGUCCUGCUGAGAGCCUCGGAGCUGCCAGUGUUCAAACUCAGCCUCCGGCGGAGAAGUCCAGUCUCUUGCAAGAAUAUUCCAAAUUUCUCCAGCAGGCGCUGGAAAGGACCAGCCAGAACGACAGCUACCUGACUAGCCAGAGCCUCAGUUUAGUCACGGAAAACCCCACCUUAGCCGGACAGCCUCUGUUCUCCACCGAGAAACAAUUCCCUUCCCCCAGUAGGUUCAAAUCAGGGACAAGUUCCCCGUUACGAUCCACGAUAGAGAAACCUCACUUCGGAUUACUGGUCGGGGACUCCCAGCACUCAUUUUCAUUUUCAGGCGAUGAGACCACUCCCCCUUCCACAGUGUCCCCUUCAGAGGAGGACUUCCUCGAACAGGUCUCACCUUCCAAAAAGACAGACCCCUCUCAAGGGAUUCUGCAGACUUUUCAAAUAGGCACAUUCGAUCCAAACUUCAAGUCUCACUUCCAGACCUCCAGAUCUGGUUCCUCUUCGCAGUUUACAGGUGCCAAUGGACAAGUAAGUCUACGCGGACACAGCACAGACUUCUCAGAGUUUCCUUUAGUCCGAGUCACUGAGACGAGGUCCCAACUGAAUUCCUCCCCGGAGGUUUCAUCGGGUGAAACCUUUGAUUGAGGAGAAGACUCUGGGUUUUUUGUUUUUUUAUUCGUCAUUUCUGCAGCACUUUAUCCCAUUUCACCUGUUUUGCCAAUAGUUUGCCAGAUAGUUUAAGUACGUUGGGAGAAAAAAAAGGCUCUUCUUGAACAAGUACAUUGAAAAAUUGGCAGUUCCCCUUUAAAAAAAAUGUUUUUCAUUUGCAUCGAGAGAUUAACCCAGUGGUCCCCAACCACCGGGCCGAUUGGUACCGGGCCACACAAGAAAUAAAAAAAAAUAUAUACUUUUCAAAUUUAUUUUAAUUAAAUUGUUUUUUAUUAUUAAAUCAACAUAAAACACACAAUAUAUAGAUCAAUACAGUCUGCAGGGAUACAGGCCGUAAGCACACAUGAUUGUAUUUCCUUAUGAAAAAAAAAAUAGAAAUAAAAUAAAUAAAUAAAUAAAAUAACACAUUUUCAAGCGUUGACCGGUCCGCAGCUACAAAAAGGUUUGGGACCACUGGAUUUACCGACCAAAGCAUAAUUUUCAUGCCACAUUGCACAAGUGUCAAAUUGCAUACCUUUUUAAACUUUUAAUAGUAAGCAAUAUUGCAACAAAUAUUACAGUAUAUCAUAAUACCUUCCAAACGUUCUUUUUUUUGUCUAAACAAAAUCAAAAACUGAAAUGACCAGUAGAUGGCAGUCACACAUGAGAGAUAGGUGUAGAUUGCAAAAUGACUUAUGUCAACAACACCACAAUUGUAUAUGUUCCAUGUAUGUAUUAGGGCGGCAUAGCUCGGUUGGUAGAGUGGCCGUCUUGCAACUUGAAGAUUCCAGGUUGGAUUACCGCUUCCGCCAUCCGAGUCACUGGCGUAGUGUCCUUGGGCAAGACACUCUACCCACCUGCUCCCAGUGCCACCCACUCUGGUUUAAAUGUAACUUGGAUAUUGGGUUUCACUAUGUAAAGCGCUUUGAGUCACUAGAGAAAAGCGCUAUAUAAAUAUAACUCACAUCACAUCACAAAUAUUUGUUUGACUUAGGAUUUCAAAGCAUGUGAUCCGUCAAAUUGUUCACAUUGAAAAUGACAAUAGAUUUCACAGUAAAAUGUAGUGGUUUUUUUACAGCGUAUUAAUGAAAAUUGAAAAAACUCCCACGUAGGGGUGUAACGGUACACAAACAUUUGGGUUCGGUACGUACCUCGGUUUAGAAGUCACCGUUCGUUCCAUUUUCGGUACAGUAAGAAAACAACAAAAUAUAUAUUUUUUUGGGUUAUUUAUUUACCAAAUUUUUAAACAAUGGCUUUAUCCUUUUAACGUUGGGAACACUAUAAUAAUUUUGCCCACGUUAAUCAACAUUAAACUGCCUCAACUUGUUGCUCAGAUGGAAUAAAACAACACAACUUUUCUUCUACAAAUAAAAAGUGCGACAUUAAACAGUUUCAAGUCAACUCAUCAUGCUUAAUUUAUCACUGCAUUUGGGAAGCCUGUAGUUGAUAUUUAUUAUGUAAAUGUGAUAUUUUUAUCAACAUGUGACAGCAGGGACCCUGCCAUUCAAAGCUUUUCUGUCCGUAAAACACACACGAGCUAACGUUACGCUAAAAGCUAAUCAGCCUUCACCUCAAACAGAACUGCGACAUUAAACAGUUUCAAGUCUACUCAUCAUGCUUAAUUGAUCACAGCAUUUGGGAAGCCUGUAGUUGAUAUUUAUUAUGUAAAUGUGAUAUUUUUAUCAACAUGUGACAGCAGGGACCCUGCCAUUCAAAGCUUUUCUGUCCGUAAAACACACACGAGCUAACGUUACGCUAAAAGCUAAUCAGCCUUCACCUCAAGCCGGAACUGCGACAAGCUGAGCUGCAAUUUAAGUUUCGAGUAGUAGUUGACUGGGAGGUGUUUAUUAUCAUUUGGGGAGAGUACAGUACGCUGCCUUAUGCUCACCUACAAACACCUAUCUGCUCGACGCUGAAGCAUUUACUACAUGCGCUCUGAAUAUGAACUGCUGAUUGGCUUUGUAUGUAACCAAUCAGAUGGUUGUGUGGGUGGGACAAUGCUGGGUGCUGAGACAGAGGCAGAAGAAGCAAAGCAGCUUGUUAAGACUUUAGCUUACAAACUUGUGCGGUACACCCCCGUACCGAAACGGUUCAGUACAAAUACACGUACCGUUACACCCCUACUCCUGCCGGGUUUUAUUAAUGGUACAAUUCCAUCGACUGAGCUACCAGGAGUUUUUUUUUUUUUUAACCAUAAAAUUUGGUAAAUGGGUUGUAUUUGUAUAGCGCUUUUCUACCUUCAAGGUACUAUAAGCGCUUUGACACUACUUCCACAUUCACCCAUUCACACACACUGAUGGCGGGAGCUGCCAUGCAAGGCCCCGACCACCUCCCAUCAGGAGCAAGGGUGAAGUGCCUUGCUCAAGGACACAACGGACGUGACGAGGUCGGUAGAAGGAGGGGAUCGAACCAGGAACCCUCAAGUUGCUGGCGACAGCGCCACGCCGUCCCCAACCAUAAAAUAUACGGUUGUUGUUUUUACGGUGUUUUACUGUAAAUGGAAAACAGUACCGCCUUUUUUUCCCAGUUGCCGGAAUAAAAUAAAAAACUGGUACAGUUUUUCCCAUUUAAAGUAACACGUCAAUUUUACAGUAAAAUUCCGGCAACAAAGCUAGUUUUUUCCUGUAAAAAUCUAUUUACUGUAGUACGUUUGAAAAAAAAAAACACUCUUUAGUAAAUUUCUGGUGGCUGAGUUUCAUAUUUUUACUGUGAAAUCUACAGUUUUUUAAAAAUAUACAUUAAAAAUACAUAAUAAUCAAAUACAAAGGCAAAUCCAUAUACAGUAGGGAUUUCUUGCGCAAAAGGAAGAGGUGGGGGGUGGAGGGGUUAGUCAUUGUGCAAUGCAGUCUGCUGGAAAUGAUGGAAAGCGCCACUCUACAUGGGCAAAUUCGGUAUGGCCACCAAACACGUUUUUAAGAUUUUUAGCCAUCUUGCGGCUAAAAUGGAUAGUGCACCCCCCCGCCCCCAAAUUUGUCACACUUCAUGUGUCGGGUAAACCACGAUGAAAGGGGCCACAUGGGUUCUGUCCUACUGUGUUAUACACCCCUGUCAUAUUUAUUUAUGUACAUCCAUUCUGCUUCCUUUCACACACACUAUAUUGCCAAAAGUAUUUGGCCACCUGCCUUUACUCACAUAGGAACUUAAUGUGCCAUCCCAAAAUGUUUUGGUGUCCAGGAGCAUUCAAAGUUCCUUGAACUGGACCUAACAGGCCAAGCCCAACCGCUGAAAAACCAACCCCACACCAUAAUUCGUCCUCCACCAAAUGUCAUACUGAAGUGUAGCGUUCUCCUGGCAACCUCCAAACCCAGACUGGGAAAAACGCGAUUAAUCAGUCCAGAGAAGGUGUUUCCACUGCUCUAAGGUCCAGUGGCGACGUGUUUUACACCAGUGGUCCCCAACCACUGCGGCCUGAUUAGUACCGGGCCGCAGAAGAAUUUUCUAUAAAUUUUUUUUAAUUUAUUAAAUCAACAUAAAAAAUGCAAGAUGCACUUACAAUUAGUGCAUCAACCCAAAAAAAACUCCCUUUUUCAUGACAAAGUAAAAAAAAUAAAAUAAAAAAAAUCAUCCCCCCACCUCCCCCCUUCGCCGGGCCGCAGGACAAAUUAUCAAGCGUUGACCGGUCUGCAGCUCCAAAAAGGUUAGGGACCACUGCUUUACACCGCUGCAUUCUACACUUUGCAUUGGACUUUGUGUUAUAUGGCUUAGAUCCAGCUGCCCGGCCAUGAAAACCCAUUCCAUGAAGCUCUCUGCAUACUGUACGUGGGCUAAUUGGAAGGUCACAUGAAGUUUGGAGCUCUGCAGCAACUGACUGUGCAGAAAGUCUUGGCGGCAUCCGCUGACCCCUCUCUGUCCGUUUACGUGGCCUACCACUCGGUGGCUGAGUUGCUGUUGUUCCCGAAUUUCACUUUUCUUAUCAUAAAGUUGACUUUGGAAUAUUUAUGAGCGGGGAAAUUUCACGACUGAAUUUGUCGCACAGGUGGCAUCACUGACGGCAAAUGUUUGUAGAAACAGUCUCCAUGCCUAAGUGCUUGAUUUGAUACACCGGGCCAAGUGAUUAGAACACCUGAUUCUCAUCAUUUGCAUGGCUGGC